AUGAAUGGAAUGGAGACGGCUGCAUCAGAAGGAGAUGUAGGUCAAGAUGACUUCCUGAAUUCUGGUCGUACCGGCAGAAGGAAUGCAAUGCCUGAUAUAUUGGAUGAGAAGCAAGUAGGUGUAACUACAGCUGAUCUACCUGACAAGCUUGUUGGUUUGUCCACUGAACCCACAAAUGUAACAUCAUCAUCCAGUACAGCUCCACUGGGCCAGAACCAGCUUGAGGACCUGGAUAAAAAACAGCAGAGGAAUCCCCUGAACAUUCUCAAGCAAGGGAAGCCAUGA